AUGGAGAAGGAAAACACAAUCUUCCUCCAUCUUCUACUCCUCUUCAUUCUCCCUCUGAAGCUGUGUGCAGAAGAGUUUGUCGUUCCAAAUAAUACAAUGGAAACCAUCGAUGUAGGGGUUAUUCUAGAUUUGGAUACAUGGACUGGGAAGGUGGGCUUAAGCUGCAUCGAGAUGGCGAUAUCUGAUUUCUAUGCCACUCAUCAUAAUCAUAAGACAAGGCUAAAGCUUCAUGUAAGGGAUUCAAAGAAUGACAUAGUGGAAGCUGCAUCUGAAGCUAUAGAAUUGUUGAAAACUGUUCGAGUGCAAGCUAUAUUAGGGCCACAGACAUCUGCACAGGCUGAUUUUGUAGCAGAUAUUGGAAACAAAACUCAUGUGCCAGUAAUCUCAUUCUCUGCCACAAGCCCUUUCCUUUCCUCCACCCAAACUCCUUAUUUUGUUAGAACAGCCCCAAGUGACUCUUCUCAAGUUCAACCCAUCUUAGCAAUUAUCCGACACUUCGGAUGGAGAGAAGUGGUGCCCAUUUAUGAAGACACAGAUUAUGGAAGGGGGAUUGUGCCAUUUCUGACUGAUGCUCUACAAGAUAUCAAUGUAAAGGUCCCAUACCAAUCUGUGAUCUCUCCUUUGGCCUCGGAUGAUCAAAUUCUGAGAGAACUUCAUAAUCUAAUGACCAAACAAACCAGAGUAUAUGUGGUGCAUAUGAGCCUCUCUCUUGCCUCUCGUGUAUUUUUGAAGGCAAGAGAAGUGGGAAUGAUGAGCAAAGGGUAUAGUUGGAUUACCACAUCUGGGCUUACAAAUUUCUUGUUUUCCCUUGAUUCUUCUGUCAUUGACUCAAUGCAAGGAGUUUUGGGUGUGAAGCCUUAUGUUCCAAGAUCCAGGGAUCUCAAGAACUUCAGAAAAAGAUGGAGAAGGAAAUUCCACAAGGAAAAUCCUGAAAUUCAUUUAGAUAGAGUUCAGUUAGAUGCUUUUGGCUUAUGGGCAUAUGAUAGCUUUGGGGCACUGGCAAUGGCAGUGGAGCAAGUUAGUCUUCAUUCAGAAGGAUUCAAGAAGUUUGACACAAGGAAGAAUUCAAGUGGCUUGACAGCUAUUGGGGUCUCCCAAGUAGGCCACAAACUAAUUAAAGAACUUGAGAGGACUAGAUUUAAGGGUUUAAAUGGAGAAUUUCACCUAAUUGAUGGAGAGAAACCAUCUCCAGGCUUUGAAAUAGUAAAUGUGGUAGAAAAAGGGGAGAGAAGAAUAGGAUUCUGGACUCCAAGGAAUGGGCUCUCUAAGGAAUUAAAUCCAAAUGAUCAGAAGAAGAAUUUCUCAACUUGUAAGAAGAAUAUUCUUGGAGAUAUCACAUGGCCAGGAGAAGGAAAAGAGGUGCCAAAGGGUUGGGAAAUACCAACAAGUGGAAAGAAAAUGAGAGUUGGGGUUCCCAUCAAAGAUGGUUUCCUUGAAUUUGUAAAAGUGAAGCAAAAUCUUUCUAGCAAUACUCCACCAAAUGUCACUGGCUUCUGCAUAAGUGUAUUUGAGGCUGUAAUGAAGCAGUUGCCAUAUUCCAUUGACUAUGAGUAUGUUCCCUUCGAGUUGGCUUGUGGUCCGGGCUCACUGAGUUACAACGACCUAGUCUAUAAAGUACAUCUCAAGGAAAUUGAUGCUGUAGUUGGAGAUCUAACAAUUCUAGGAAACCGAUCAUUAUACGUGGACUUCACCUUGCCUUAUACAGAAUCUGUGGUGUCAAUGGUUGUGCCAAUCAAAGGUGAUGAGAGGAAGAACGCAUGGAUUUUCUUGAAGCCUCUGAAAAUGGACCUUUGGCUUACAAUUGGAGCUCUUCUCAUCUUCACGGGCUUCGUUGUGUGGGUUCUUGAGCACCGUAUUAAUGCAGAUUUCAGGGGUCCACCUCAGAGACAAGUUGGGAUGAUCUUCUGGUUCUCUUUCUCAACGCUUGUGUUUGCUCACAAAGAGAAGAUUCUGAGCAAUCUAUCAAGGUUUGUGAUGAUCAUAUGGGUAUUUGUUGUUCUUGUUCUGACAUCUAGUUACACAGCCAGUUUGACAUCAAUGUUGACUGUGGAACAACUGCAACCUACCAUCACAGACAUCAAAGAUAUAAUAAAGAAUGGAGAAUAUGUUGGCUUCCAGGAGGGGUCUUUUGUUGCAGGGCUUAUGGAGAGCUUGAAUGUUAAUAAAUCCAAGCUAAGGGCCUAUGGCUCUAUUGAAGAGUACCAUGAGGCCCUCAGCAAAGGGAGCAGGUGUGGAGGUGUUUCUGCAAUUGUGGAUGAGAUGCCUUAUAUUAAGCUCUUCCUUGCCAAAUAUUGCAAUAAGUACACCCUGGCAGGACGGACUUAUAAGAUUGCUGGCUUUGGAUUUGCCUUUCCUAAGGGAUCUCCACUAGUAGCUGACAUGUCACAGGCGAUCUUAAACAUAACUGAGGGGGCUAAAAUGUCAGAGAUUGAGCAUGAAUCGUUUGGGCAGCAAGUAGAUUGUCUAGAGCAAAGAGAAAGCACUGUAAGUUCUGAUAGUCUCACUAUGGAAAGCUUCAGGGGGCUCUUUCUCAUUGCUGGAGUCUCUUCCAGUUUCGCCCUCUUCAUAUUCUUCUUUAUAUUCCUUCAUGAGCAAAGAGACAUUAUAAAAUCUGAAGGAUCAGUGAGGCAAAAAGUGGCAUCCAUGAUCAAACAAUUUGAUCAAAAGAAAGACAUCUCGGCUCAUAAAUCCCAUAAGAAGAAAUCUCCAGAUGAAGGGCAUGCAAGAGAUGUAAGGAAUGGUGAAGUUACAUCUAAUAUGAGUAAUUAA